AAGAGGAACAAAAUUGCUGCUAAGGCGCGAACCAACUUGGAAGGGAAAGAGAAGCUUUCAUCUGAGGAUCUCAGACACCAAAUAACUCUCUCCCAAUCCAGGCGUGAAACACANGAAGGUUCCAGCCAAAAAAGCACUUCACCCAUCUUUUCUCCCUAAAGCAAAAGGAGGGAGAGACCAACAGUGAAUUGGUACAAAGAUGGAAUGAAGCAAUCAAUGAGGUGGAGCCUAUGGACGAUAAGACUUCCAUUGCUCUGUUCAUGAAUGUUCUCAGGUCGGGGGAAUUAUUCAGGAAGUUAGAUUAUGAUACCCCUACUUCUUACAAGGCUAUGAUGGCUAGAGUUCACAAGUUCUGCGCCACGGAAGAGUCGGAUCGCCUGAAAGGAAUGAGCGAGGGAGCCUGGCAUAAAGGCCCGGACAAAGAAAAGAAAGGAGAAAAGACCAAGGCGGCCACUCUCUCCAUCCCUACCCUCAAGUCACUGGCCGCACCAGUGGCAGAAAUUAAGAGCAAGGAGGAAGGUGGGCAGAAGAGGAAACGUGGAGAUCAAAAGAGAAGGCAGUGGCCCUAUGACCCAGAAAAAUAUUGCAACUUCCAUAGAAUGCCUGGACACGCCACUGAAGAAUGCCAUUUCCUCAAAAAGAUGGAAGGAGAGAUGAAGAAUAAGGAACCGAAUGCCAAUCAGGAGCCGAACCAAGGAGGUAAUGUUUGGCGUAGGGACGCCCAACCUCAACAGCAAGUCCAGGAGAACCCGGAAGAAUUUCCCCAAGUAGGAGUCAUCUUUGGCGGACCAGAAACAGGAGUCACAAGCAAGGAGAGGAAGGAAUGGGCUCGCAAGCUGUAUGUGGGGUCCAUUGACAUAGGCCAAGCGGCCAAGAAAGGAAGGAGGGAGCCCAUUGUCUUCUCGGACAAAGAUUUACCACUCAUUCUUAGUCCUCAUCGGACCCCCCUCGUAAUUUCUAUGGCUAUUCACAAAUUUUUUGUUAAAAGAAUUUUGGUGGACACUGGAAGCAGUGUCAAUGUGCUGUACUGGGAAGCCGCCCAGCAAUUGGGAAUCAGGAAGGAAGAUCUCACAAAGCUUAACAUGCCCUUGUCCGGCUUCACUGGAGAUAUAAUUGAACCGGAAGGGUCCAUUAAAUUGGACAUCAUCAUAGGCGAGCAUCCUAAGAGGUUAACUCCCUAUUUCCAAGCUCACCCAGUGAGAAUCAUGACGGACCAGCCUUUGGGAGCAGUUUUGAGGGACCCAUCUUCUUCAGGAAGGGUCAUUAAGUGGGCCAUGGUCCUCUCUCAAUAUGAUAUUUCUUACCAGCCCCGUUCUAGCAAGAAGGGCCAGGUCAUUGCAGAUUUUAUGGUGGAGUGCACAGCAAGAGGGAAGCCAGAAGAGGAUGGGACCGGUGAGGAGAGAAAAAGGGAAUUAUGGGAGGUCCAUUCAGAUGGAUCCUGCACUAAGGACGGUUCAGGAGGAGGAGCGGUCCUCACCUCCCCUGAAGGUUUCAAGGCUUAUCAUUCCUUUAAGUUCACAUUUCGGGCCACCAACAACGAAGCAGAAUAUGAGGCCCUCAUUGGAGGAAUCCAAAUUGCCCUAUUCAUGAAGAUAAAGCACAUUCGCCUUAAAUCCGAUUCAAAAUUGGCCAUUGGGCAGCUAAAAGGAGAAAUGGAGGCCAAGGAAGGAAGGUUGAAGAAGUACAGGUACUGCGCCAGGACUCUACUUGGACAAUUUGAGUCUUAUGAGCUCAUAUAUGUUCCAAGAGAAGAGAAUGAAGAGGCGGAUAUGCUUGCUAAAUUAUGUAGGACCAUUCCCAUCCGCAUGGAGGGUAUUGUAAGGCAGCACGAGAGGAUCUGUCCUGUUUGGGAAUAGGCGGUCCCUGUCCUCGAAAUAUCCGGUCUAGGUACAACUUGGAUGAGCCCCCUGAUCACAUACCUUGAAAAGGGAGAGCUCCCUGUUGACCCCAAGGAGGCCCGCAGAGUUCAAUUAAUGGCUCCCAAAUAUCAAUUGGAUGGGGAAAAAUUGUAUAAAAGGACCUUGGGAGG